CCAAAACAGAGGGGCAGGCAGCCGAAAUAUCGCCAAUUGCCGAAACAAACCGGAGCUCAACGUCGCAGUCGAAACCAAAGGUGAAGUCGAAGUUCUCUCCUUCCUUCCUCACUAGGGUUUUUCCGCUUCGCGAAAUUCUUUUCGGAUUUCUUGUUUCUAUCUCCUCCGGUUCUCUCGAUCCCACGUCGACCUUUUUCCUGUGUUUUUUCUCGGUCAGCUCUCUCUCAAUUGGUAUUUUUUUAUGUCCACAUAUGCUUGUGAUUGUCGCCACUUAUCAGCUCUUUUCUUGGAUGUAUUAGUCUACUUUGAUGAGUGAUGGUGAAAUUGCGGGUUUCCGAACCGAGAGAGAGAGACAGCGAUUUGAUGGAUGCUGUCAUCUUCUUGUUUGUUCAGAUCAAUGCCUGCUGUGUGGAAAUUUCUCGCUUCCUUGCGCGUUACUUAUCACGUAGCAGUCUAUCUGCGCGUUUUUUUAAUGACAAAAACAAUUGGGUUUCUUGUUGGGUUUGAUCUUCUGCCUCAAUAGAGAUGAGCUGGUUUUAAGGUUCUCUCUCAUGGUACUCCGGGAUAUUAUUUAUCCAAUUCAAUCGGUGAUUGGGAAAGGUCGAUUCUUUUCAUACUUGGGUAGCUGUUUUGUGCUGAUAAGAUUGGUGGGUACUACAGCUCAGAUAAGUGGUAGGUUUAAGAUAUUAUUACUCCAUUGGUGGGAUAUAAAUAGGGUCUUCGUCAACGAUUAGAAGGGAAGGAAGAGGAAAAGUCAGGGUUGGUUUGAGGGCUUUCAUUCGUCUGCUAUAUAUCCCACCUUGUUUUAGUCGCUAGGCCAAUCAUUCUCUUUUGCAUCAUUCGAAUUUUUCUCUGUAGUCGACUCUGUAAGUUCCUCUCUCUUUCUAUCGUCUGCACGUUCAAUUUGUUCGUUCUAGGUGGUUUAGAAGACUUCUGGGUAUUGGUUCAUUGGUAGAAAGCUUGUUAAGUUUUUGUUCUUUGCAUAUGGCCGUUGGAUCGCAUGCUCUGGUUUAGCCUGGACGCAAUAGGCUUAAUGGCAACUGUCUGAUGUCCGAAUUUUCUUCUUGAUCCCUUUUGACUGACUUCAUUGGUUUUGGUUACUUUGAUCCGUGAUUAUUGUAGAGAAGAUGGGUAAUCUUUUUUGCUGCGUUCAAGUUGAUCAGUCCACUGUAGCUAUAAGGGAACAAUUCGGGAAGUUUGAUGAGGUUCUGGAGCCUGGAUGCCACUGUCUGCCGUGGUUCCUUGGUAAGCAGCUGGCUGGUCAUCUGUCUCUGAGAGUUCAGCAGCUGGAUGUUCGUUGUGAGACCAAGACAAAGGACAAUGUUUUUGUUACGGUUGUCGCUUCUAUUCAAUAUCGUGCCCUGGCAGAGAGGGCAAACGAUGCUUUCUACAAGCUUAGCAACACCAGGGGCCAAAUCCAGGCCUAUGUUUUUGAUGUGAUUAGGGCAAGUGUCCCAAAACUCCUUUUGGAUGACACUUUUGAGCAGAAGAAUGACAUUGCCAAAGCUGUCGAGGAUGAACUUGAAAAGGCUAUGUCUCACUAUGGAUAUGAGAUUGUGCAAACACUCAUUGUCGAUAUCGAACCAGAUGAGCAUGUAAAGAGGGCAAUGAAUGAAAUAAAUGCUGCUGCAAGAAUGAGGCUGGCAGCUACUGAGAAGGCAGAGGCUGAAAAGAUUCUGCAGAUCAAACGAGCUGAAGGUGAGGCUGAAUCGAAGUACCUCUCUGGGUUGGGUAUCGCUCGCCAGAGGCAAGCAAUUGUGGAUGGAUUAAGGGACAGUGUGAUUGGCUUCUCUGAGAAUGUGCCGGGUACAUCUGCCAAAGAUGUCAUGGACAUGGUCUUGGUGACACAGUACUUUGACACCAUGAAGGAAAUUGGUGCUGCCUCCAAAUCCUCAGCUGUCUUCAUUCCCCAUGGACCUGGUGCAGUUCGUGAUGUUGCUUCUCAGAUUCGUGAGGGUCUUCUCCAAGCCAAUAAUGCUCAUUAAUUUGACAAAAACCUCCGAUGCCUAUUUGUGGUUGUGGUUUUCUCUCUUGCUUUGAACAAUACGGUUAUGGCUAUGGUGCUUUUUUUCUUUUCGCAACAGAUUUGAGGUCUUCUGCUUAUUACCUGUACAGCAUAUAGAUACAGAACUACAAGCUGGGUUUGAGAAUUAGUUCGAAUGUCUCUGUUGGGAUUUUAGGGUUUGUGGAUGAGUAGUGAUUGUUAAUUCCUGCACUGUAUUUUGUUGAUUUGAGAAAGAGGAUAUAUUUGCUUUGUGCUAUUUGGGUCUUUGCCCUAUUGGAGCUUGCCUAUCCUGCUGGCCAUGGAUUCAACGGCAGUUUGAAAGGUUCUCAUAUUCAGGAAUUUUUGGAUCCACGCUUUUUUUUCAACUCGUUCAAGCAUUUCAUAGCUUACUACACCCUUCCUCCUGCACUCAGGAAUAGUACUACUUCGAAAAAUGUGUGAUUCAUUAA